AUGUCCAUCCCCAAUCGGCGUCCAGCGCUCGCUUCAAGCUUCUGCAGGGCGGAGGUCCGGUCCGGCGUUUUCAAGCUGGACGAAGGAGAGGAGAGCUGGCCCGAGGGCCCGGCCCUCGUGCUGCGACACAGAACUUCCAGCCAUGCGGAGCACACGGCAGAUAGCGCGCCGGCGGGAGCUCGCGAGAAGGGCCGCGCCGCAACCACCUCAGGUUCUUCAGACGGACACCUCAGCAUCCCCCAGUGCCACUCGCACAACAGGAGUCUCCCGACGUGCGACGAGGAGAGGAGAAAAAAGGAGGAAGACGCCAGAGGAGGAGAGGAGGAGGAGUGCCGAGAAGAUAAGAGUAGUGACGAAGGUUUCAUGGGGAUGACGCCGCUGCUUCAGGCGCACCAUGCCAUGGAGAAGAUGGAAGAGUUUGUGCACAAGGUGUGGGAGGGCCGGUGGCGCGUCAUCCCUCACGACGUGCUCCCCGAUUGGCUGAAGGACAACGACUUCCUGCUGCACGGCCAUAGGCCGCCCAUGCCUUCGUUCCGCGCCUGCUUCAGGAGCAUCUUCAGGAUCCACACGGAGACGGGCAACAUCUGGACACACCUGCUAGGCUGCCUGUUUUUCUUCUGCCUGGGCCUGAUGUACAUGUUCCGACCCAACAUGUCGUUCGUGGCGCCGGUCCAGGAGAAGGUGGCCAUCGGCAUGUUCUUCCUGGGCGCCAUCCUCUGCCUGUCCUUCUCGUGGCUCUUCCACACCGUCUACUGCCAUUCGGAGGGCGUGUCCAGGGUCUUCUCCAAGCUGGAUUACAGCGGCAUCGCCUUCCUGAUCAUGGGCUCGUUCGUGCCGUGGCUCUACUACUCCUUCUACUGCUCUCCUCAGCCGUGCAUCAUCUACCUUCUGGUGGUGUGCGUGCUGGGCCUGUCCGCCAUCACCGUGUCCCAGUGCGACUUCUUCGCCACGCCGCAGUACCGAGGCGUCCGCGCAGGUGUGUUUGUGGGCUUGGGUCUGAGCGGCGUGGUGCCCACCCUUCACUUUGUCAUCAGCGAGGGUCUCAUCCGAGCCACCACCAUCGGGCAGAUGGGCUGGCUGCUGCUCAUGGCCACGCUUUACAUCACCGGAGCCUGCCUAUACGCCGCUCGCAUCCCGGAGAGGUUCUUCCCCGGCAAGUGCGACAUCUGGUUCCACUCUCACCAGUUGUUCCACAUCUUGGUGGUGGCGGGCGCUUUUGUUCACUUCCACGGCGUCUCCAACCUGCAGGAGUUUCGCUACACAGCCGGAGCGGGUUGCACCGACGACGGAAUGCUCUAACGCACACGUGUUCACUUCCACCUAACUACAGGGAGCCGUCGAUUUUUUGUAAUGACGCGCACACUCACUGGCCGCCCUCCCCAGAGAACAGUGUGGCUUGUCAUGUCGCAGGAUGGCCUCACAGGGGGCGCCAUUUCAACUGACGUUCUCCCCUCAAGCCACUUUGUGAGAGGUUCACUAAAUACUAGCUGGUACCUCUGGAAAAUAACCAUCCAUUUCCUCUUGGAGAUUUUCAUGAUUUAUAUCGCAGAUGAAGCAUCAUUUUUUUGUAUUAAAAAAUAUUUUUGGGUGUUUGUAUGAAUGCUGUUUUUCUAAUACAAACCUAAGAGCAUUCAUAUUUAAAAAGAAGUACUUGAAUAGCUUCCUUGAUUGUGAAGGUUGCAAGGGGGCUUCUAUGGGGUGUCACUUUUAAAUUAAAAAAAAAAAAAAAAACUUUUUCCUUGUAAAUAAGAUUUAUAAAUUUGGGUUAUAGAUUUGUAUAAAAUAUAUAUAUUAAAAGGAACAAAAAAUAAGGCUGUGCGCUGAGGUUGAGGGUGCUGCAGUGGAACUAUUAUUCUUAUUUCAUUGAAUAUGCAAGGAGAAGCGUUGAAAAGGUCUCCGUCACUUUUUUCCACCUGCGAACGGGAACUUUAAUCACGUUUGCUGCGUGUCCAACUCUGACCUCGUCCGAAUGUUUGCGCUUGAAACCAAAUCUAUGAUGAUAUGAAAGAAUAUUUUUAAUAUGCAGCCAUUUACAUUCAUCUAUGUUGUCUCUUUGCUGUCAAUGUUUUUUUUAUUUUAUUUUAUUUUAAUGCCUUUUAGUCAGAACCUAAUAAAUCAGCACAUUUAAAAUGCCAACAUCAAAAUAUAUCAAAACAUUUGACCGAAUGACUCAAAUAAUAAAACAAAAAUCUCUACUUGUUCAAGUUUUCUAUUGUUUAAAUAUUUGUUUUGUUCAUCUAUUUUUGACAUCAUGCUGUUAAUGAUUGGCAAGUGUCUUCAAUAUCCGCUUUACUCAUGAUGGAUUUUAUUGCGUUUACCUUCUAUUAAUUUAUUGCAUUUCGGAUGGCGGCAUAUUGUAUGUUGAUGCGCACUUUGCAUUGUGAGAGGAGUGUUUGCGUCAGAGACCUUUACAUCUACUUUAUUGUUCUAAUAAAAAUGCUUUGUUAAUUCUA